AUGGCCACCCGACCAAUCCCCACUCUCACCAGCACCGCCGAGUUCGACGCCAAGGCGGGCAAGCCCUGCUACACCUGGUACGAAGUCUACGGUGACCUCAAAUCCGGCAUCACCCCCGUCAUCGUCCUCCACGGCGCUCGGCAACGGCGCCUCGACGCGCCUCCCGAGAAGACGGGGGAGCAGGCGUCGUUCUGGACCCAGGAGCUCUUCGUCGACGAGCUCGACAACCUCAUCCGCCACCUCGGCAUCCAGGACAACUACAGCAUCCUCGGCCAGUCGUGGGGCGGCAUGCUCGCCGCGCUCCACGCAGUCAAGCAGCCGAAGGGCCUCAAGCGGCUCGUGCUCGCGAACAGCCCGGCGAGCAUCCAGAUGUUCGUCAAGAUCGCGUACGAGAAGCUCGUCCCAGGAUUGCCCUCUGAUAUCGCGGAAACGAUCUUGAAGCAUGAGAAGGAGGGGACGACGAGUGCGAAAGAAUACCAAGAUGCCAUGACGGUGUUCUACAAGAGGCAUCUGUGCCGUGUGGAUCCUUACCCUGAGGAGCUACAGCAGAGCUUUGCAGCGGAUCCUGAUUCAGUGGUUUACCAUGCGAUGAACGGCCCGUCUGAAUUCCACAUUACGGGUCCGAUCAAAGAUUUUGACAUCACCCAGCAGGCCCACAAGAUCAAUGUCCCUACGCUUCUCAUCAGUGGCCGAUACGAUGAAGUCGAUGAGGCGUCCGUCGCCCCGUACUUUAAAACUAUCCCUCAGGUCAAGUGGAUCACCUUCGCAGAAUCCAGUCACACGCCACACAUGGAGGAGAGGGAGAGGUACAUGAGAGUCGUCUCUGACUUCUUCAAGGCAUGA